AUGUAUUUCAAGCCUGUUAUAGAGACUUUCACGGCCUGGUGCAACUCUCAUCUGCGGAAGGCAGGAACGCAGAUCGAAAACAUUGAGGAGGAUUUCAGAGAUGGACUCAAACUCAUGCUGCUCUUAGAGGUCAUCUCAGGGGAGAGGUUACCAAAACCUGAAAGAGGAAAGAUGAGAGUUCACAAGAUCAACAACGUCAACAAAGCGCUGGACUUCAUCGCCAGCAAAGGAGUCAAACUGGUGUCUAUCGGUGCAGAAGAAAUCGUGGAUGGAAAUGCCAAGAUGACUCUGGGAAUGAUUUGGACCAUCAUCCUCCGCUUCGCCAUCCAGGACAUCUCAGUGGAGGAAACCUCCGCUAAAGAAGGAUUGUUGCUCUGGUGUCAGAGAAAGACGGCUCCUUACAAGAACGUCAACGUUCAGAACUUCCAUAUCAGCUGGAAGGAUGGUCUCGCCUUCAAUGCUCUGAUCCAUAGACACAGGCCGGAGCUCAUCGAUUAUGACAAGCUGAGAAAGGACGACCCAGUGACCAAUCUGAAUAAUGCUUUCGAAGUGGCAGAACGAUACCUUGACAUCCCCAAGAUGUUGGAUGCAGAGGGUAUGAACUCUUCUCUCGUUUUCUGCGUCCAUCGCUAUCUGUGUCUGCAUAUGAAGUUAGUUGGCUGUGCGAUGAUGUUUGUGAGUGGGAGAGAGAGUGAAUGAGUUGCUCUAUUAAAGUGUGUGUGUUUUGUGUAUGUCCGCACAUGCCCUGUAUUUCCAGAAGUUGUUCCUGCUCUCCGACACAGACAGUGCAAACACCCACACUUAAUGUCUUCCACCAACAUUGUGUCAC